AUAGUAUUUGAUCAUUCUUGAAAUUUUCCUUUUUUAUAUGAUUUUGAUAUUGAGAAGUCUUAAUAAAUUGUUGCUUCAUAUCUUCAUGUGGAUUCAUGGCUAAUAAGAAUCCAAUUCAUUAGAUGGGGUAUAUUGCAUUUAUGGUAUUAAUUUUUAACCAAACUUGAUAAAUGUUAUUACUGUUCCUAUGGAAGAUUGAAAGGGACAAAAGCUUCAUAUAUCUAACGUUUUCACCAUAUAAUAAUGCUUAUUGUUGGUCCACUAAAUUAAUUAGUUAUUUUCUGCCACCUUUUUAUUUAAGGAAAAAAAAAAAAAUAAAGAACCUUUCCCUGUUUGUUAUUAUGACUGAAUCAGUAUCUUAAUUAGAUUGCACAACAAAUGCAUUAGGCAUUGCCAUUAAGAUUUGAUUGUAUUAGAGUGAAUAUUUUUACAUCAUUGGAACAUAGUUUCUGAGAAAGAAAAGGACACUUUGUGAACUAAGUGGAUGAUUGUGAUCCCAUUCAUAAUUGCAAAGAUUUUCAAUUUGGCUCAGAAUCUUGUGGAUGUAACUAAACAAAUUUUUAUACAUCUUUUCAGGUCUAGCAUGGAAACUAACAAAAAAAUUGAAUUAGCAGAACAAGGUUCUCCUGAAGUUCCAUCACUAAUUAAGUAUAUAUCAUCAAAUGAAGUAGUUGGAUUUGAUACUGGUGAUGCUCAACUUCCAAGCCCAUCUACCAAAGAAAGUGAAUUAACAUCAAUAGAAAGACAAGGUGAUGAAGCUGUGGUGAUCAACCACCAAAGGAAGCAAUCUGUUUCAAUCAGCAUGCCACUAACCUGUGAAGAGGCUCUGCCACAUGAAACCAACAUGGUUUUCUUCAGUGAUGAAGUUGGUAGAGACGGUGUUCCGAUUUCUGCAGUUGAUGCAGAUUCUAAGUCUCCACAGCAAUCAAAAUAUUACUCUCAACCAAUGCCAAAGGCCUAUGUGCACCCUACUGAUUCAUCACCUCAUGGAGCAGAAAUUCCAAACCAUCCUGGCAUCAGAGCCUUCAGGGAUAAGAGAUUUGAUUCCUUCAAAACAUGGUCUGGAACACUUGAGAGACAGAUAUCAAUGCUUAGAGGGAAGUCACCCAGACAUACUAGAGAAGAAGAAAACAAUAACAACAACAACAACAAUGUCAGGAAUACUGAAAGGCCUGUACCGGUUGAUCGAUAUUUCGAUGCAUUGGAAGGACCAGAAUUGGAAACACUAAGGUCUUCAGAAGAGAUACUGCUUCCUCAGGACAGCAAAUGGCCAUUUCUUCUUCGAUUUCCUGUCUCGGCUAUCGGUAUCUGUCUUGGAGUUAGCAGCCAAGCAAUUCUCUGGAAAACACUUGCAAGUUCUCCAUCCACUGAGUUUCUUCACUUAAGCCUCAGAAUAAACUUAGUCCUAUGGUUUAUCUCCAUUGCUCUUGUUAUUACUAUCUUCACCACAUAUCUUUUCAAGAUAAUUCUCUACUUUGAAGCAGUUCGUCGAGAGUACUACCAUCCGAUCCGUGUUAACUUCUUCUUCGCACCCUGGAUAGCCCUUUUGUUCUUGGCUCUUGGUGUUCCACCAUCAAUCACAAAGAACCUUCACCAUUCACUUUGGUACAUUCUAAUGACACCAAUUUUCUGCCUUGAGCUUAAGAUCUAUGGACAGUGGAUGUCUGGAGGCCAAAGGAGGCUAUCAAAGGUUGCAAACCCAUCAAACCAUCUUUCAGUUGUUGGAAACUUUGUUGGAGCAUUGCUUGGUGCAACAAUGGGACUGAAAGAAGGGCCUAUUUUCUUCUUUGCUAUUGGUUUGGCUCAUUACACUGUCUUGUUUGUGACUCUGUAUCAGAGACUUCCAACAAAUGAGACACUCCCUAAGGAGUUGCAUCCAGUGUUCUUUCUGUUUGUGGCUGCACCUAGUGUUGCCUCAAUGGCUUGGGCUAAGAUUCAGGGCUCUUUUGAUUAUGGAUCAAGGAUUGCUUAUUUCAUUGCCAUGUUCCUUUAUUUCUCACUGGCUGUACGGAUCAAUUUUUUCAGAGGCUUCCAAUUCUCACUUUCAUGGUGGGCCUAUACAUUUCCAAUGACUGGUGCAGCAAUUGCAACAAUAAAAUACUCAAAUGAGGUCACAAAUGUUUUCACAAAAACAAUGUGUGUAAUACUAAGUAUCAUCUCUACAUUGGUGGUAACAGCACUUGUUGUAACAACCAUGUUGCGUGCAUUUGUGUUCAAGGAUCUGUUUCCCAAUGACAUAGCCAUUGCCAUAAGUGACAGAAAGAGAAAACCCCACCAUCCUAGGAAAUGGUUUCAUCUUGGACAUGGAAGCCAUGACACUAAAGAGAUUGAGAAUUACUUGAAGUUUGUGGAUUCAGAUAAAAUUGAUAUAGAAGCUUCAACAACACUUCAUCCCUCUAAUAGCAUAGAGGAUUCUUCAUCACCAUCUAUCUGAGGAUGAUAUGGUACUAAGUUCUUCAUAAGAAUAAUAAAAGCAUGAGUAUAGUCACACAUGUGAGGAGCAUAAUAAUUAAGAGUUUUGAUUAUUGUUCCAGUGACCAUGUAUGUUAGAAUAUGUGAAGGUUUGUGUAUGAAGAUUGAAGAGCUGAAUUUUGUAGCAAAGGUUUGUGUGAUUGUAAUAUAUUUGAGAAUCAUUAUAAAUAAUGAGUACUUAAUUAUAAUAAGAAUACAAUGAUCCUACAGUA